CUUACAAGGACCUCCUUCAUCUCUUCUCAAUUAUCUAUAUGCCGCUCACUUCCUUGCAAGAUGGGGUGCCAGGUUCCUUUCUUCUCCUCCUUGUUGCAUUACCCCACCCCACCCCCCAUCUGGCUAUGGUUUCAAGGAGGCUGAAUAUUGAUUUACAUGAUAUAUGUAUAUAUAUAUAUAUAUAUAUAUAUAUAUUUAAACUUGUUAAAUAAGGGAUUAAUUGUGACUAUAUAUGGAGAUUUUCUUCGCAACUAAGUAUUAGUUCUAUCAGUGUUUGUCAUUUCAGGUUGAAGCUGGAGUUACUUUACAUUUGAGUGUUUCAUUUUCCAUUUUACAAAAUAAGUGCUAAAUAUUAUGACAACUAUCCAUGGCAAAUUCUUGAAUUCUAAAUUUCUUCAGCUGAUAUUGAUUCAAGACAAUUGCCUUCAUAAAUGUGGGAAUUUUCUGUCGGUUUAUACAUGGUCAGUGUUUGGCCAGACUCUUUACUCCUAGCUGCUAUUUAUGGUGCUGUGGAAUCUGCUUCUACUGCACUAUUUGGUCCCAUCAUUGGCGGAUGGGUAGAUAGGCUGACAUAUGUAAAGGUCCUUCAACUUUGGUUAGUCACCCAGAAUCUCUCCUUCAUAAUUGCUGGAGGUGCAGUAAUUGCCUUAUUGGUAUUUUCAAGCCUGAAGUUCACAAAUCUCGUAGCAUUCAUCGCCCUGGUGAUAUUGACCAACAUCUCCGGAGCUGUAGGUGUGCUGUCAACUUUAGCCGGUACCAUCCUGAUCGAAAGAGAAUGGUUGGUAGUGAUAUCAACAGGCCAUCCUCCUGGUUUACUGACUGACAUGAAUUCUGUUAUAAGACGAAUUGAUUUAACCUGUAAGCUAGUUGCACCAGUUAUAACUGGCUUCAUUAUCAGCUUUUUAUCACUAAAAGCAUCUGCUAUGGCCUUAGCACUGUGGACAAGCAUAUCUGUUUGGGUGGAAUAUUGGCUUUUUAUGUCCGUGUAUAAGGGGAUCCCAGCUUUAGGUGAAAGCAGCCUAAGGAGGAUUUCAAAAGUUUCAUCAAGUAACGUGGAAGAAAGCAUAUCUGCUUCUCAGGAAAGAAAUAGUUCAAUUGCCAAUGAUGGAGAGAAUUCAGCAGCCACAGGAAAAAGCUCUGUAAGUACAGUUAUUGAGUGGAUCUCUAAGGUUCCCUACAUUGAUGCAUGGAGAGUAUAUUUGCAGCAAGAUGUUGUUCUACCGGGAGUUGCUUUAGCUUUGUUGUAUUUCACUGUCCUAAGCUUUGGGACUUUGAUGACGGCAGUCUUGGAAUGGGAAGGCAUACCUGCAUUUAUAAUUGGAAUAGCACGAGGAAUUAGUGCUUCAAUUGGAAUAGCUGCAACAGUUGUGUACCCUAUGCUUCAGUCUCGUAUUUUAACCCUCAGAACUGGACUCUGGUCUGUCUGGUCUCAGUGGAUUUGCCUGCUGCUAUGUGUUGCUUCAAUAUGGGUCAAAAAUAGCCAUUUAUCAGCAUACAUGCUCAUGGGUGGAGUUGCAAUAUCUCGGCUUGGUUUGUGGAUGUUUGAUUUAUCCGUCAUCCAACAAAUGCAGGAUCUUGUUCCUGAAUCUGAUCGUUGCAUUGUGGGAGGUGUUCAGAACUCGCUUCAGUCUAUCUUGGAUUUGAUGGCUUAUGUCAUGGGAAUACUAAUCUCGAACCCACAGGAUUUUUGGAAGUUGAAUUUGAUGUCCUUUGGGGCGGUGACACUGGCUGCAUUCCUUUACACUUGCUAUCUAUACCGAAUUCGGAAGCAUCUUUUUCACUUUGACAAGCUAAUACCAUUAGUUCAGUGGCUGUAAGUUGAUAUGAAAACGCGUGUUUGAACCAUUGUAUGCAAAUCAAGGUCUUUAUGAUUGUUUCUUUCUAUGAUGUUUGCAUCUGAAUUCCAUGUAAUGAUCUGAUUUUUUGUUUUCUUUUCUGCGAGUGUGAUCUGCUUUUCAGAAGGAUAGUGACUGUAACUUCCAAAAAAAGACUCGUUAAAUUUUAUUUCCAACUUCUUGUACUAGCGAUUUCACUGAUUUUGAUAUUAUGUUGCCUCUGUAUAUCUGACCAUUCACAGCAUUUCACCUGACCCAUUUAAUGGAGUAAUUUAAUCUGACCAAUAGGCUGAUGGCCGGCAAGUUCCAUUGAUCUAACAUGAAUUCUUGCAAGCAUUAUCCUCUUUAAUUAAUUUAGUUCGACCUGGUCUUUACUCUUAAAAAUAGUCAAAGAUUAGCUAUGUUUCUGUGGCUGACUAUAUUGACUUUCUUGCGAAAAACAACCCAUAAAAACUGUGUGGAAUGAUUAAUAAUGAGAACUGAAAUUAGGAAAGUAUAUCUCUAAAUUGCAUAUGUACUACCUACUAUAAAUUAUCUAAAUUGAAUAUGUACUACCUACUAUAAAUUAAGUAGAAAUAAGAGGGAUGAUCUGGCGCCACUUCUUCAAGACCUUUGAAAUCUCAAGUGGAGGUGGCUUAUUAUAAAUAAUAAUAAAAUCUUUGUAACAUAUGGACUGAAAAACAUUAACGUAGCCUUAAAUUGUAGCUUUGGGUAUA